AUGAAACCCGGCAGCAUCCUCCCCUUCAUGGUGCUCCUUGCCCUCCAAAUCCUCACAUCCUGGGCUGUGGAAGAUGCUAGCAAAGAAAAAGCCAAGCACGGAGCCUGCCCCUUCACACCUCCUGUGAUGUGCCUUGUGUUUGAACCCCCUCAGUGCCAGAGCGACUGGCAGUGUCCAAAGGAGCAGAAAUGCUGUCGUGAAUAUUGUGGCAUCAAAUGUGUGGAUCCUGUAGACCCAUCAAAGCCCGUUAAGGUCAAUCCUGGGAAAUGUCCAGUGGUCACUGACCAGUGCAAGAGGCCCAACCCCAGGGACUUCUGCCUGAAUGACGGCCACUGCCUUCACAGUCUCAAGUGCUGCAAGGGGGUGUGUGGGAAUUCCUGUGUUGAGCCAGUGGCAGAUGUAUUCUUGCCAGUUCAACAAGAUUAGGACUUCCCGGUACGUGUGGUCUGAGGAUUCCUUUGUUCCCCAAGCCCAAGAAAAAUGAAAGUGUCUUGAUGCAGGUGUGGCUCCGUGACGAACACCUCCAGGGUGCUAAGGUUGGGUCUGUUUUA